UAGCCAGCGGCGAAGUAAGACGAGGCAUACGAGUUCGCUUGUGUUGUGGUGGAGUUGGAGUUUGCGUUCGUCCCGCUAGAUAUUGAAGUCGGUGUUCUUGGUAGUCGAUCAAAUAUACUCCUCUGACAACGGCACCUACUCACACGUCUGCAUGGCGCCGCAUAAAAGGCGGAAAGCCUACCUGGAUCCUGGGUCCACUGCCACCAUACCGCGGGCCACAAAGUGGCAUCUUACAAGAUCUGCCGACGGUAGUUCACAAGCAACGCGUCGUCGGACAGCAAAUGAAAGCAAUCAGAGGCCUGCCAGCGCGCAUUCACCGCAACUGCGGUGCAGCAACGCUGACAAUGAAAGUUUACGGAAGCAUUGCGAAAGAAGUUACGACAACUUGGAGGUCACGGAUGAUAGUGAUCAUUAUUUCAGCGACUCGAGUGAAGGUAGUGAACGCGUGACAUCCCCGUGUGGCACAUCGUUGUUCGUCCAGGAAGACGAGGGUUCAAGCGGCAAUUAUGACCUGCCAAGUGAUUCUUUUAAUGUCGAGGAUCUCACACUUCCAUUCAUUGAAGGCGGGCGGCUGACUUGCGGUGAUGCAUAUAUGAUGCUUCUAGAUAUUGCCGUUAAAUUUGGCCUAUCAUGGACAGCAAUUGAGGAAAUUCAAAAGUUGGUCAACAACCUCAUUGAAAAAAAAGCGUUUCCUGAAAGCAGAUACCUUUUCAAAAAGGUUUGUGGUGUAGACAUGGACGAUGUCGUAUUUCAUUUUUACUGUUCACACUGCAGGUUGCACCUUGCAGACACGAAAGGUACCCUGGACGAGAGGAAACGUCUCCAAAUUGUGUGUGAUAUUUGUCAUACGCAAUACACGGGUAGUGGCCUUGUGCGUGAUGGCAGCUUUUUUAUCAGUCUCCCCAUUAAGAAGCAACUUACCUCUAUCCUAUCAAGCAAGACAGUUGGCUCUGCUGUAAUGAGCUCACUCACUCGGAAGCACCAACAAUGAGAGCGCGAUGAGCGACAUCACCGAUGGUAUACAUUACAAGGAGAUGCGUCAAAGAAUUGAUGGGACUGAUUUAACUUUGACCAUAAAUUCUGACGGAAGCCCCGUCUUCAACUCGUCCAAUUACAGCAUAUGGCCAGUGCAGCUUGCUUUGAAUGAGCUGCCGCCACGAUUGCGCUGGAACAACAUCAUGACACCAGUACUUUGGUAUGGCAAAGAGCACCCGGACAUGACUCUUGUACUCCAAGCCUUCGUGAGGCAGCUCCAGGAGCUGAACAAAACUGGACUGACAUGGACGUUUGCCAACGCCAUAGUAAAAUCAAAGGUGUUCUGCAUCUGUUGUUGUGCGGAUACCCCAGCCAGGGCUGCAAUGCAGCACAGGGUUCAGUUCAACGGCUACUAUGGAUGCAGCUGGUGCUACCACCCAGGGGUAAAUGUUGAUGGUACUGUGAAAUACUGUGUCACCACGCCCUUUCCAGACCGAACAGAUGAAGAGGCACUUAAAGACAUGACAGACGCCUGCAACACUGGAGCCACUGUACAUGGGGUUAAGGGGCCAUCACCAUUAAUUAAUUUGCCAGGUUUUAGCCCUAUUUGGUCCUGGUGCCCAGACUAUAUGCACAGUGUCUUGCUGGGUGUUGCGCGACAGAUAACAGACCUGUGGUUUACAGCAACAGGCACUGACUAUUACUGUGGCAAGGCAUCGAAAAUGGCAAUCGUAGAUAAGAGAAUUCUGUCUUUAAAGUUGCCUGAGUGCAUUAACCGGCGGCCAAGAGCACUGCUGGCUCGGAAGUAUUGGAAAGCUUCUGAAUGGCAGUGUUGGCUCCUGUAUCACAGCAUGCCGUGCCUAGCAGAUGUGCUUGAAGGCAGAUAUCUACACCAUUGGAGCCUCUUGGUCUCAGGAGUCUUUCUCCUACUGAGAAACUCCGUUACAAAAGCAGAUGUUGACCAGAGCACUCGUCUGCUCACAGAAUUUGUUGUGAAUGUGCAAUUUCUUUAUGGUAAAAGUGCCAUGACUUACAAUGUUCAUCAACUUCUGCACAUACCAAAGUCUGUACUUCUGUUUGGUCCUCUGUGGACACAUUCAUGCUUUGUUUUUGAGAACAACAUCGGCAAGUUGUUAAGGCUCGUCACAUCAUCAAAUGGUGUGGCCAUUCAGAUUGCCACACGGCUACUCUUGCACAGUAGCCUAAUUUGUUUGAAGGCACUUGCAAGCAGCCAUGCGCUGUCACUCAUAGCUCAGAAAGUUUCCGAAGCAGGUGAAGAAAGCAUUGUUCCCUUGGGCAAACCAGAAAUUAUUGAUCAAUCUUUUCAUUCGAAAUACCUGCAGGGUAGUGAGACUGCAGUAGAGUACAAAAGACUGAAGGUCCGAGGGGCUGUAUUUGCCUCAGAAAAAUAUAUGAGACACACCAAAAUUGAUUGUACUGCAGUAGCACUUCCAGAUGGCACCUACAUGAAAACAAAAAGAAUAAUUUUGUGUAGAGGGCUAGCUGGAGAGGAGGAAUUUUUCCUCUUGUCACAUGUGUAUGUUACUAGCAGCACAGUUAAAAGUGCACAUAUAAAGAGGGCAAGGCGACAAGAGCAGGAGAUGCUGCGGAAGAUUGAUGUACGUGCUCGUCCUUGCAUAUAUUUCUCGUUGGAUGGGCAGGAAUUUUUUUGUGACCUUGUAAACAGUUAUGAGUGGUCAUGAAAUGCAGGGACAUAGAUCUUCGUCUGGAAUGCUAUGACAGAGCAUUAAAGAGCUAAUGUUUUUGACAUGCUAAACAAUUGCGAGGUUGAUAUCUGACUAUCUCCGAAAUGUCAUGCUGAGAAAGAUAUUUUCUGUGGUUUGCCAUGAGUCUGUAUGCAUUGUUUUUUCAAUAGAGCUUAUCAGAUUGACAUCUUACUGCAUGGUGUAUCAUGUGUGAUGCACAUGCAUAGAACAACUUUUAGUGAAAAUCCUACAGAUUCAUCAUAAAUCUGCACCCUCUCUCUAGCAGUGAAAUACUGAGCAACUUUAACACUGGAAAUUAUUUUUGACAAUGUAUGGGGCACCAAGCUGAUCAUGCGUGCAAUGUGCAAGAAGUUAUUGAAGAGGUCGCUUCCACAAUUUAUAAUGUUUAAAUGAGUCCACAAAAAGUAUGAAGGUGUUUAUUAGCCAACAGAUGUUUUGGUCGAAAAGUAAUUCAGAUGGUUCUGUGAGGCAUUAAUUGCUGUAUCAUAUGUGAUGCAGCAUGAAGUUAUUGCUUUGUCAAAGAGUGUAGAGAUCUUUUUCACAAAAUUGCAAAUUUGGCGGCAAAAUAUAAUGUUUGUACAAGCUAUAGGCUUUCUUAGCACCAUUAUUGAAGCAGAAUACGUAGAAAAUACAAUAACUGCAGUGUUUACGAUGACCUGCAGAAGAAUUUAAAAGCGGGCGAGUUGGAACCUAUCCAUUUCUUGGACAUAACGACACACGAUAAAGGGAACAGGACAACUUUUAAAGACAGAAUUGAGAACAAAUUCUCUCGCAUUUUGUUUUUUAUGUGCGCUGCCCAAUGGUGUUUACAAUGAACAUAGUGUGGAGCUUUACACAUUCCUAGAGCUCAUAAUAGCAACAUAGCAGAAGAUUUUUUUUGCAUCAAAUUCCCAAAGAGCAACUUAAACCAAGAUCUGUCAAUGAUCCGGCAUAUAGGUAUUGAAGCCUUCAAUAAAGGAUAUCAAAUUUGAAUUGCAGUUUUCUGCAAUUAGAAUGUUUUUUCAUGGUCACAAAAUGUGCCUGUAGCUGCACAGUGUAUCAUAUAUGUGAGAAUUCUGGCUCAAAAGUCUACACUGUAAACAAUCCUUUUGAAAGGCAACGUUUGGCUUAGAUGUCUUGCCUUAACAAAGGUUAUUUAAACUUUUUACAUGCGAAUUUAAAUUCAUGCAUUAAAGAGUGAGAAAAAGCAAGAAAUUCAGAGUCGUGGCAAAUUAUUACUAUUGUUAUAAAAAUUAUUCACUAUUUUUCAUCCAAUAUGAAAAUAGUGAAUGAAAAAAUGCAUAAAGGUGUGCAUUUAGGGAUGCCACCAAAAAGAGUCCACGACCAUGUUUGUUUGAUGCCUUCACAUUGCAUCACAUUGCCUUGCAUUUGGUUAAAUUGCCACUUUAGUUUUUUGGUGUAUUGUUGCCAGAUAUGUUUGUAUGCAUCUUGCAGUUGCCUUUCUGCCUUCUGCAGUACCGUACCUUUUGUAUCCCACUUUGCUAAAGUUGCCAACUGUUUUUGCCAGAACUGUAAUAAAUGUCUCUUCUGUGCAGU